AUUCUUCUUUUCAAAUAUCAUUAAAUCAACACUUCAAUUCACCACACUCUCGCUCCCAUUUCUCACUUUCUCUCUCUCUAACAAAAAUCUCCGACGACACAACCUCCGUGUCAACCACCACAAUCCACCAUGGAAAAACGCCCUCUCCAACCAAGCACCGCCGCCAACAUUCCUUCGAAAACAAUCGAAGAAAUGUACCAAAAGAAAACGCAGCUCGAACACAUCCUCCUCCGUCCCGAUACCUACGUCGGCUCAAUCGAGAAACACACUCAGAAUCUCUGGGUUUACGAAAACGACGAAAUGGUUCACCGAUCGGUGUCCUACGUUCCUGGACUUUACAAGAUCUUCGACGAGAUUCUCGUGAAUGCGGCCGAUAACAAACAGAGAGAUCCGUCGAUGGAUUCUUUGAAGGUUACGAUAGAUCCGGAGGAGAAUACGGUUUCUGUUUACAAUAACGGAGACGGAGUUCCGGUUGAGAUUCAUCAGGAGGAGAAGGUUUACGUUCCUGAGUUGAUUUUUGGUCAUCUGCUUACUAGUAGUAACUAUGAUGAUAAUGUGAAGAAAACUACUGGUGGAAGAAAUGGUUAUGGUGCUAAGCUCACGAAUAUUUUUUCGACCGAGUUUAUCAUUGAGACUGCUGACGGUCAUCGUCUGAAGAAGUAUAAGCAGGUGUUCUCAAACAAUAUGGGGAAGAAGGGUGAUCCAGUGAUAACCAAAUGCAAAGCUAAUGAGAACUGGACCAAGGUGACCUUUAAGCCUGACUUGGAGAAGUUCAAAAUGACUUAUCUUGAAGAGGAUGUUGUUGCUUUGAUGAAAAAGCGUGUCCUGGAUAUGGCUGGGUGCUUUGGAAAGACGGUUAAGGUUGAACUCAAUGGAACCGUGAUUCGUUUUAAGUCGUUCCGUGAUUAUGCUGAUCUCUUCUUGAAAUGUGCUGAGAAGUCCAAGCCUAUGCCCCUGCCAAGGAUUCAUGCCAAAGUAGGUGAUAGGUGGGAGAUUUGCGUCAGUCUAAGUGAUGGGCAAUUUCAACAGGUCAGCUUUGUUAACUCGAUUGCUACAAUCAAGGGUGGGACACAUGUUGAUUACAUCACCAAUCAGAUUACUACCUAUAUAAUGAACAAAGUGAAUAAGAAAAAGAAGGAUGCGAAUGUGAAAGCUCACACGGUUAAGAAUCAUUUGUGGGUUUUCGUCAAUUCUCUAAUUGACAACCCUGCUUUUGACUCUCAAACUAAGGAGACACUAACAACUAGACAAGCUAGUUUUGGUUCUAAAUGUGAUGUUCCAGAAUCAAUGUUAAAGGAUGUUGAGAAAUCUGGAAUAGUGGACACCCUCCUAUCAUGGGCAGAUUUUAAACAGAGUAAAGAUUUGAAGAAAACUGAUGGAACUAAGACCCAAAGGCUCCGUGGGAUCGUAAAGCUUGAGGAUGCCAAUGAAGCUGGUGGAAGGAACUCUGAGAAAUGUACUUUGAUUUUGACAGAGGGGGAUUCUGCCAAGGCCCUUGCUAUGGCCGGUCUUUCUGUGGUGGGUCGAGACCACUAUGGUGUGUUUCCAUUGAGAGGAAAAUUGCUGAAUGUGCGAGAAGCUAGCAGUAAACAAAUAAUGGAAAACGAAGAAAUUCAGAAUAUAAAAAAGAUUCUGGGAUUGCAGCAAAACAAAGAGUACACUAAUGUGAAGUCUUUGAGAUAUGGUCAUUUGAUGAUUAUGGCUGAUCAGGAUCAUGAUGGCUCACAUAUCAAAGGGCUUCUGAUUAAUUUCAUUCAUUCCUUCUGGCCAUCAUUGCUUAAGGUUCCAUCUUUCUUGGUGGAGUUUACUACUCCCAUUAUAAGGGCUUCUCAUCCGAACAAGACAAUAACAUCAUUUUAUUCCAUGCCGGAAUAUGAAGCAUGGAAAGAAAGAUUGGGGAACAGUGCAACUAGUUGGAAGAUAAAGUACUAUAAGGGGUUGGGUACAAGUACCCCCCAAGAAGGGAGAGAGUACUUUAGUGAUCUUGGUAAGCACAGAAAGGAUUUCAUUUGGGAUGAUGAACUCGAUGGAAAUGCAAUUGAGCUGGCAUUCAGCAAGAAAAAAGCUGAAGAUAGGAAGAUUUGGAUGCGUAAUUUUGAGCCUGGAACUUGCCGCGAUCAUGAAGCAAAACUUAUAAACUAUAAGGACUUCGUUAACAAAGAGCUUAUAUUGUUCUCAAGGGCAGAUCUACAGAGGUCCAUUCCCUCUAUGGUUGAUGGCCUUAAACCUGGUCAAAGGAAGAUUCUUUUUGGUUCAUUUAAGAAAAAAUUGUACAAAGAAAUUAAAGUUGCCCAGUUUAUUGGUUAUGUGUCUGAGCACUCUGCUUACCACCAUGGUGAACAAAGUCUUGCUAGCACAAUUAUUGGAAUGGCACAGGAUUUUGUGGGCAGCAACAAUAUCAACCUUCUCAAACCAAACGGUCAAUUUGGUACUCGUAACUUGGGUGGUAAAGACCAUGCAAGUGCCAGAUACAUUUACACUGAGCUAAGUCCUGUUACUCGAUGCCUCUUCCAUGAGGAUGAUGAUAAACUUCUUGAAUAUUUGAAUGAAGAUGGGAAGUCCAUUGAACCAAAUUGGUACAUGCCAAUUAUACCUUUGGUUCUUGUCAAUGGAAGUGAGGGAAUUGGGACAGGUUGGAGUUCUUACAUUCCCAACUAUAAUCCACGGGAAAUUAUUGCCAAUGUAAGACGAUUGCUGAAUAGUGAGGAAUUAGUGCCAAUGGAUCCAUGGUACAGAGGAUUCAGAGGUACUAUUGAGAAAAGUGCCAAAGAAGGUGGCUAUAUAGUCAAUGGCACUGUAACUGAAAUAGAUGAGCAAACUUUCAGAAUCACAGAGCUUCCUAUACGUAAGUGGACUCAAGAUUAUAAGCAAUUUCUUGAAUCCAUAACUGAUGGGACCCCUAAUGUCAAAGAUCCACUCAUCGAGGAUUUUAGGCAAAAUGGUGAUGAUGCAAUUGUAGACAUUGAAAUCAAGAUGAAGCCAGAAAAGAUAGCUACAAUCUUGCAAGAAGGAUUAUUCAAGAAAUUCAAAUUGACUAACACUAUUAGCACAAACAACAUGCACCUUUUUGAUGCAGAGGGAAAAAUUAAGAAAUUUGACACUCCCGAACAAAUUCUUGAAGAGUUCUUUCCACUUCGGCUAGACUAUUAUGAGAAGAGAAAGGAGUAUAUAUUGGGCAACCUUAAUCGGCUGUUGUUGAUUUUGGAUAACAAAGUCAGGUUUAUAUUAGGGGUUGUGAAUGGAGAAAUUAUUGUGAGCAACCGGAAAAAAGCUGAGUUGUUGAUUGAACUGAAGCAGAAAGGUUUUACUCCCAUGCCCAGGAAAGGUAAAUCCGCCAAACCACAAGUUGCUGGGGCAAAUGAUGGUGAUUCAGAAGAGCAGGAAGAUACUGAGCUCGAAACUGGAUCUCAGCCUGUCAGUGUUGAAGGAGCAACAUGGGGUGACUACGAGUAUCUUUUAUCCUUACCUAUUGGAACUUUGACUCUUGAAAGUGUGCAAAAGUUGCUUGAUGAAAAGACUGAAAAGGAAAAGGAGUAUGAAAUUUUGUCCGGAACACCAACAACAUCACUGUGGUUGAAGGAUCUAGAUGAGUUUGAAAAGAAACUUGAUGAGCUAGAUAGCAAAGACGCAGAAGAGGAUCGAAAGAGAGCAAGCCAAGGAAGUAAAAAAGCAAAUGGUUUUGUUUCAAAACCUUCAAAGAAGCCGCCACAACCACGAAAGAAUACUAAGAAGACCAAAAAUGCUGAGCCAGAGAGUGGUAGUUCUUCAAUGGAAAUUGAGAAUGCUGUUGAAGUUGCAAAACCAGCUGAGGUUGCAAAACCAAAAGGACAAGCAGCUCCUAAGAAGAAUAUCCAAAAGGAACCUGAAGAUGAGAUUCAAUCUCUUCAAGAACGCCUAGCUGCGUACAACUUUGAAUCAUCUGGUGAAAAAUCACAAGCGAUGGAAAGUGAAGAAGUGCAACAGAAGGCUGCUGGGAAGAAACAGAAUAAUAAAAAGGGUGGGGCAAAAAAGAAGUCAAGUACCAUAGUGUUGGAAUCAGAUAGUGAUAAUGAAGUUAAUGAUGUUGACGACGACGACGAUGAUGACUUCGAAGAAGUACAACAGAAGGCUGCACCAGUUAAGAAGGGAGGGAGAAAGCCUGCUGCUCAGAAUGCCAAGAAGGCACCUGCAAAGGCUCCCGCAAAGGCACCUGCAGCCCCUAAGAAAAGAAAUGCUGGCACUAAACAAUCGGCUGGUCAAAAAUUAUUAACUGAUAUGUUGCAGCCAGCUGAAGGUACAGGUACUUCCCCAGAGAAGAAAGUGAGGAAGAUGAGGGAGUCUCCUUUUAACAAGAAGAGUGGUUCUAUACUGGGCAGGGCUGCUGCUAAGGAUAUAAGUCCGAUUUCAGAAGACAUAUCUGCAGGUUCUGCUUCUAACUCUCCUGUUUCCGAAGAUGAAAUGGUUGAGAUUGCACCACAGCCAGCAAGGGUAAGACCCCAGAGGGCAAAUCGUGCUCAAAAGAAAUAUGCAGUGAGUGAAUCUGAGAGUGAAGAUGAUUCGGAUGAGGAUGUGGAAUUGUCAGAUUUUGAAGAAGAUGAUGACUAGAUUAUUCUUUUAAUCGCAUUAGUGAAACUAGAUGAAUGCUGUGUUACUGUUCUGUAAAAAACUGAUCUGUGUCUUGCAGACUUGUGUUUGUUAUUUGAUGACUUGAACUCAUUAGUUUGAAUGUAACAAUCAGAUUUCUGACUCUAGCCAUUGUUCUUCUAUUCCUUGUGGAUAUUUGCAUCUGAAUUUAAUUAGUUUGUUUUGUA